CUUGGAAGGGGAGGCGGUUAAUUGCGCGAGCCGUUUGAAUGCGGGUUUAACGGCUGCUGCUCAGGCCGCGCGUGCGCAGGGUGUGAGCGCCGCCCCGUUCCCCUGUUAGAGGGAGUGGGACCAUCCCUUCCCUGACCCCUCUCCCAUCCGUAGCCGCCUCGGCGAGCAGUUGACAUGGCUGGGAAGCUGGUGAAUGGCGGCUCGGUGCCGAACACGACGUGCCUAGAGGGCCUGCCGCCGCUGCCCAAGAGCCUGAGCGGGCUGCUGAACUCGAGCGGCGGCUCGUGGCGCGACAUGGAGCGGGUGUACGCCAAGCGGUGCAUGAUCCAGGAGGACCUGAGCCGGGCCCGCACCGCCAGCAGCCGCCACAGCAACCGGCCCAACAAACCGGCUAACCUGGAUGCUGCGUUGGCCCUGCUCCGGAAAGAGAUGGUUGGCCUGCGCCAGUUGGAUAUGUCAUUGCUGUGUCAGCUGUGGUCUCUCUAUGAAUCCAUUCAGGAAUAUAAAGGAACAUGCCAGGACUUGUCAGCUGCAGCUAAUUCGGAUUGCUCCUAUGGAUUGGAAAAUGGAUACUUUGACGAAGAAGAGGAAUAUUUCCAGGAACAAAGUGUUGUCGAAAAUGGGAAGGCUGACAAAUUGGAAACAAAUCUUGCAGUGCCUAAAACUCUCAAUUCCCGAGACCAGUGGAUGCAGGAUUCCUUUCAUAUCACUAUAUAGUAGAUGUUCUACAGCUUUGACCUUCACACUGUUUCUGACAUUGUGCUGUUGUAGAUUUUAAAACUGAUUCGAUCGAGGGUCAGCUUUGGGGAGAAAGGUGGUGGGGUGGAUAGGAAGAGAGACAGUAAUGUUUUAGUAACCAGAUUUCAUUAAGCUAAUUAACUUAUAAGUUGUCAUUUGGGGUUUUAAACACCCCAAGUUGAAGAAUCCUUUAAUCAGCUUGGUACUUAAAAAUGCAAUUUUUUUGAAAGAGUCAGUUUUUUUUCAGCCAGGCAUUAAUUAAUUUUUUUGCAGACUCCAUAGCAGGUAUUUAAAAUUUCUGUAGGACUGGGUCAUGUCCAAACUUUUUAUAUGCUUAAACUAGUGUUUGUCGGGCCACGCUGGUAUACUCAGCAAUCAAAGAAACAAUGGUGAACUUGGUCUUGAAGUUGGUAAACAAAUGAGAAUUCUGUAGGCAUCAUCCAAGUAAAACACUGUGACUACCAUGUUAAGGGCUGAGGACUUUUUAAGCGAUUUUAUAAAAUUGACUUCAAUAAACUGAAUGUAACCUACAUUUUUGCCCUAUUUACAAUUCCAUUUGUGGGAUGAGCAAAAUCACAGUGAAGGAUAGAAUUGAACCUUCUAACGUUACACCAGAGUGAAAGACCAACACCAGCCAAGUGUAAAUACUUUGUGCUGACUAUAAAAUGCUAUUGGCUAAGAGUUUGAUGCAAGUCCGCAUGUUAGACAUUCCUAUGCUCCCUGUUCAAACAGCUGUCCAGCAAUCUCGACUCAAAUAAACUGAAAAAUGGUUAAGUUGUUAUGAAAAUAUAGUGUAUUUAAUUAGGCAAAUGGCUUGAAGUAAAAGCUUCUUUGACUGUUAUUAAAUUGAGAAUUUCAUAUUAAUGGCUGAUAGCUCUGGUCUGCCUGCCUUGCUCCAGAAAAGUUGAUUUUUACAUUACCUGAUCUAAUGUAAAUGAUGUGUGGACUAGAAGAGGUCUAGGAGGUAUACAUCUCCUGUAGAAAUAUUCUUGGGAACUAGCAAAUAUAGUUUGGAAUGGUAUCUCAGUACCACAAAAAUCUAAUUGAUUUAAAACAUUACUCUGCUAUCAGCAAAUAAUUUAAAGAUGAUUGGAUUGACCCUGAGGUAAUUAUGAGAUGAAUAAAGGAGUGUGAUUUGAAUUUAUUAUCUUAACAACAGUAUUUUAUUGCAGAAUAAAUUGCAUCAAUUUUGAGCCUCUUUAGUGUGUUAAAUGGGAGAGAACCAAAUCCCUUCAUCUAAAUGUAACACUCUACUUGAAUUGUUGGCAGGAACUAAUCCCCCAGUCAUAUGUAGCAUUCAUUAUGAAUUUUAUUUAUUUAUUUUUAUAAACUCUUCUUGCUGAGGUUUUGUGAAAAAGGAAAAUGAUUCACAAUUAAAACCCAGCAGAAGUAAAUGAGCUUCACUGGGGAGAUCAAUUGCUUUUAUAAUCUCUGAAUUAAAUUGGUUUUAUGAUACUGUACAUGAAAGAUAAAUGUGCAGCUAGCACUUUCAAAAUAAAAGUGCAAUUUCUUAACUGUACAGAACUCUUAUGAGAAUGCAUUUGAUUUAAUUUUUCCAUGGUUUAAUAAUCUCUUUGUAAUUACUGAUUUUUGUAUCUGAGGUUCGCAAUCUUGAACUGUCAAUACAGCUGUAUUUUUUUGAACAUUAUUUCUAAUUUAUAAAAGUUUUUGGUGCAAAAUUCUAAUUGAACACUUGUAUUUAAAUGUUUUGGUCACUUUUAUAAGAGUAUAGAAAUACAGUUUGAGAUCUUUUGCACAGGCCUUUUUCUGGCUUUGCACCUACAUUUCAAGCUCUGUGAUUGUCCUGUACCAGGUGUUCAGACUGGGUAUCAGUGCACCAUCCCAGUGGGAGUAACUAGGAUUUUAGAGCAUUGCAGGGAAAUGUAACAUCAUUUGAUCACAGAACUGAACAUUAGAAUGUGUUAAAAGGAUGUUAACACUUGUACGCUGUCUGGUCUAGCCAUCUGUCCAAUCAGCUAGUUGAUUUAGAUAUUGUGGCAUAAUUUUAAAACUUUAGCUAACACAUAUUUUAUAUUGUAAUCAAAAGACUGCAAAAUCAACAAGUCUUCCAAUUUGCCAUUGCUGAAAAAUAUAACCAGAGAAAGUAGCUGAGACAUUUAAUAUAAAACUUUUAAUAUAAAACUGUUUUUUGUCCUUUUGCACAUGUAUUUCUAAAUGUCAGCUCUUAAAACAUUAGUUUCUUUUGCUGCAAUUGUAGAUUAUAUGUGAGACACAGAUCUGCAUGCAGUGUAAGGUGCUCCAGUUUAUAAUGGUUCAAACGUACCUGGGAAGAACCAUAUAUCAUUACAUCUGUUAGUGAAGAAACAAAGUAUUUUUAGAUGCCCAGCUUGAAGGUUCCAUACACACUUUUAAAUGCAUUUCAUUCAUUUUUUGAAGUUUUGGUGUGAAUUUUAUUUUAAAUUCUUUAUUUUCUAGUGUGUAGUGACCAAAUGCGAAAAAAGCAUGUUUUCCUAAGGGAUAAUAAAGCUAAAUAACUGCUAACAGAA